AUGCGUACGACACCUGGCCGCGAUUCUUGGCGUUACGCCGAAAGCGAUCAGGACGGCAGAUUCUACGAUACCGUCGAUCGCCAGCCAUUCCUCGCUGAAGUCAUCCGCACACCAGUCUCUCGUCGGCGCAUGGCACCGUAUCCAAUGGUCCAGCUGAGGCAGACGCUGCAACGAGUGAGGCCAGAGGCCAUGGAUCAAGAGAUCAUGACGCGCGUACCUCCUCAGACGUCAUAUCCGCACACGAACCCUCUCGCCCCUCAGACGUCCAGCACUUCAGUCGCAGACAGCGACUUUGUGCCAUACACUGGCUCCAGUCGUAACAGCACAUCGGACGAAGAAGAGGAACAGCGCCGUCAUCGGACCCGACCCCUUGCAAUUUCCCCAUCCCUCGACAGCGAUCCUGGCGCAUGGGUGGACCGCGUCGCGGACGAUUGUGCUGGACUCUCGGACCGACCGGCUGGCAGGGCAGUCUCGCGCGACAUCGCCGAAGCGGCUACGGACCCCAUCGUUCCGACGACGGCCACUGAAUCCUCGGACCGACAGACUGCUGGGGCAGAGCUGCGCGAAGUCGACGAAUUGGCCACGGACACAGCCGCUACGACGAGGGAUGAAUCCCUGGACCGACAGACUGGUGGAGCUGUGCCGCACGACGUCGCCGAAGCUGCUACGGGCACCGCUGCUCCCGCCCGAAGCAGCCGAGUCAUCGCUGCCCGUAUGUAUGUCCCUCAGAACGGCACCUAUCCGGAUACUGAACAGGUACACAACGAGCUUCACAUCCGCGCCUCAGACGACAACCGUUCGGAUCGCGAUCUUGAUCGAGUACCGGAGGGAAACCCUUCAACUCCACGCGAAGCCAUCGUCCUGCCAGACACGACCAGCAUGCGCACGCGGAAGCCAAAGGGUGAAUGUGGCAAGCCUGGAAAAGGGGGGUACAAUCUUCAGGAUGCACUCGGCUGGCCUGCACACAAGUAUAACAAUGUUAGGGUCAGUCACUCUUCGUUCAUCACCAUCUGGCCCACUGAAAUAGUUGGGCAGAAGGAGAUCAAUAAGCUCGUAGACCGUAUAUUGGACGGUACAAAGUCCCUGACCAAGCAGGAGCCGGCACGCAUCGAGAGGCUAGAGCUGGAGGCAAUCCAAAAUUUCCCGGAGCUCGAUACUGAUUACGAGGAACGAUGGCCCGUUCGUGACUUUGCCGUUAAUCGUCUGCAUUACCUCCAGAACCAUGCAAUGCGUCGUUUGCAGAAGCAAGCGCUCGAUACCCUGCAGAAUAGAGACGCAACGACGAGGCCUAAGGCGAAAAAACAUUGA